AACGUAUGCGAUGAAAUUAUUCUUUAUAAAUUAAGAAAUCUUAAGAAACUAAAAAAAAUAUAUCGGACAAUCCUAUUAAAAACAGCUUAAAAGUUGAAAAUUGUAAUAAAACACGCAUGACAGCAUAAAAACGGCAUAAUUGAAAUGUGCAGUUAUUCCUAUUUUUCAUUUUUGGAUUAUAAUGCGAAUAAAUGCAUCCCUUACAUUUACGUGAGUAAUUGAUACUGUUGAAUAGAUGCAUAUUGAUUAUCCUGCAGAAACUUUCGAUCGUAUAAAUUAUUAUUAAUUUAUUAAUAAUUUAUUUGCCAAUAAAUGCAUAUGGAUUUAUGAUUAUCAACUAUAUGGACAAAAGAAAUAUAUACAUUUUACUUUUCCGAAUUUAUUAAUAUAUGCUUCAUAUAUUCUCUUAUGUAACCUUCCGAGGUCCCUUCCCUAUUUCGUUUAUUUUUAACUCAAAUAACGGAACGUUCAAUGACGUCAGAUUAGCCCUCUCUCUAAUACAAUAUCCCUGUAAUAAAAUCGAAAAUCACUUUGGAAGAUAGAACUUACUGUCACCUUCUUAUUACCUUCUUACUUUCUACACGUUCAUGAUGACAUGAUUACAUGAUUACAGAAUAUUCGUAACUACAUCCUAUUCUCCUAAGUCACUGGCGUAGAAUCUGAAAUAAUCCUUGAUCUCCUCGAUAUUAGAAUUAUAUUAACUGAAGGACGUUAAUCAGAAUAUAUAAAUAAUAUAAAAAUGAUAUGAAAAUAUAACAUACAAUUUUUUUAUAAACAAUGAUAAAUUCUUCUUGCAUAAAAAGGCGCACGAUAUUUCACAUAGAAAGAGAAUAAUGCAUUUUUCUUUUCCCAUCGAAAAGGGGAAGCAAGUCGACAUCUAUGCACGCGAGAAGUUUGCACCCGCCCGUUAGCAAGAGUUUCGAACUUCGGGCAUUAUGCCACCUACCAGAACGAUACCCGGUCGUUAUCUGUCGUUCAUGCGAUCGAAUCACGAGAAUUGAGGGGAAUAAAAGAUUGGCAGUUUCGAAAUUGCCACAUUCGAGAUUGGCACAUUAUAGACCCUUCGUCGGACGUGAGCGAUGACGGACUUCCGGCUUUUCCGCAGUCGCAAAAAAUCAAGAGCCGCGAUCACAUCGUCCAAUCGCACUGACAGUCGGAUCGACAAAAAGAAGACAUGGAACAUCAAGUGUACGCUGAUAAGGAAUACGACGAUUUAAUCAAGCCCAUCAUGAUAGUCUCCAAAAUCGCUUCAUUCUGGCCUUUGGAGAGAGAUCAUUCAAUCAGCAUGAAGCUGUUCAAGACUUGUCACGUGUUCUUUUUCUUUGUUCUAGUAUGUUGAAUUAAUAUCUUACGUAAUUAGAUACACACAAAAUUUCAAGAUAAAAAAAGAAAAUUUAUUUCUCUGUUAGUAUUAAAAUCUUUACAAUUAAAUUUCCCUUUUUUCAAUAAAAAUAAAUUAUUAUUAAAUUCUCUUAUAUAAUAAAAUAAAAACUGGAAUUAAAUAAUUCAAUUUACAACGUAUAGUUCACCAUAAUGUGUACCUCCAUAAUGGCUGAAAUACUUCACAACUUUAAUAAUUUGGAUGAAGUGACGGCGUGUGGUUUAAUGCUAAUUAAAUUUUCUCUCGAUGUAAUACGCCUUAUCAUUUUCUCGACCCAUCAAAAAGAUAUGUCGUACGCAGUCGAGACUAUGAGAAAGGAUUGGACUUGUUCAUUUCAAGAAAACAGAGCUAUUCUAAAGGAGAAGUGCCUUUUUGCAUUCUGGCUUUCAAAAUGUUUUAUAAUUAUGGUACUUGUAACCGUAAGUACAAUCACAUGUACGCCAAUCUUAGAGGCAUAUUUUCUUGGAAAGAAAAAGAUCUUUCCUUACCGUGGAUAUUACUUUGCCAAUCAAACGGUCUCGCCCUACUAUGAGUGUUUCUACAUCUUCAAUAUAAUAGGCGGCACUUUCGGAGCUAUGAUGAUACUCGGUGCGACUACUUUUUAUCUUAUCGCAGUGACACAUGGAUCAGCAAAAUUCGCGGUACUACGAAAGAAUUUAGAGGCAAUAAACACCAAUAAUCCCGAUGUUGACGAAGCAAUGGUUAACUGUAUUAAGGAACAUCAAGAUGCUAUUACUUUCGCGGAUACGCUUGAAAGAAUUUUAAACGUCUUGGCGUUAGCGCAGUUUCUUCUCAGCACCGGUUUGGUCUGCUUCGCGGGAUUUCAAAUUACUUCGAUGAUGAAAAACAAAGAACGCUUAAUAGAAUACUCGAUGUUUCUGAACUCCGCCAUCCUCGAGCUUUACAUGUUCAGUAUCAGCGGAAACGCGUUAAUAGACGAGGCGAGUAUUUUAACAAUUACCUAUAUUAUUCGAUCGAUCUAUAAAGAUCGAUAAUCAAAUAGUUAUUUUAAUUAUCUAUAAUUAAUAAUUGGUUAUUUUUUAUUGUGAGUUAAGUCAUUAGUUAGGAUCGUCACACACAAAAUGUAUAGCUGCGUAUGCAUAGCAUAAGAUUGUCUGGGCCAACCAGCAUCCAAUCGAUACUUAUGUUAUGCUCUGUAAGUUAAUAUGACGACUUUAUGGCGAUCAGUUGUUCAUUCAUCGAAAUAGUUAUGUUAUGUCAUAUGCUAUGUUCUAUACUUUCCUGUGUGACAGGUGUUAUUGCCAAAAUAAACCAUAAAAAUCAUUAUAAAAUUAUAGAGCAAAUUAACAGUAUGACGCAAAAUUAGCUUUUUUUUUGCAAAAUUUAUGUGUCUUAUUAGUUCACAUUAUAUAUCAUAUAUGUAAGUUUUCGUUUGACGUGGAUCAUUAGAUAUCACGUAUCAGAUUGCAUGUAUAUUGCAAUUGCACAAGUUUUAACGAGUAAUGGAAGACUCAAUGCACGAUAAUCGUAUCGACCGAUUACCAACGCAUGUAUCCUCAUUAGUAUACAGUUCGUUGAGCUUACAAUCGUCUGUAAUUAAUUUACGGCCAACGCUUGUAACGAACCAGAGCGAUGCCGUGGGCGAGUCGGCUUACUGCAGCCGCUGGUUCGGCAGCACUUUCGGUCGCAACUUGCAGAUCAUGAUGAUACGGUCGAAAGUUCCUUCCAGGAUCACCGCCGCGAAGUUCUACAGUAUGUCCCUCGGAAGUUUCUCUCGAGUGAGUGGAUUAUUGUGUCAAACAAUAUCUAAAUUUAAUUUUAGGUAAUAUAUGCUAAGAGAUCUAAUUAUAAUUAUCUAUACAAUGCUAAAACAUUUACUGAUAUUGGUACACAAUUUUUUCUAUAAAAGUUUCAUAUAUAAAAAUCAAUUAAUUCUUCAAAAAUC